UGUGUGUGUGUGCGUGUGCAUGUGUGUGCGCUGAGCUGGCAUCCCGUGAGGAACCUGCUCUUCCCUCUGUCCCGACCCUGCCAGCCGGUCCAGCCCAUCAGUCCAGCGCCAUUACCAUGGAAACGAGCAGCCGACUUCCUAUUGGUAGGCAGGAUGGGAGAAAGGGGGGGAAGGAGGGCUGGCUCUCCCCUGCUUCCCCCUCCCCAUUCUGAGGCUCAGCCCUCCUCCGCACCCACCAUCUCAAGGCUCCAGGACUGUAAGGGACCCCUGCAGUCUCCUGAGCUGAGGGUAGUAGGGGCAGAGACUAUGAGGCAAGCAGCCCAUCGACCCAGGCCUCCUUAGGACCAGCCCGGCCACCCAGCAAGCGAGUGAGCAGCAUCGGAGAGAGGAGCAGGAGAUAAAGGACCACAGCAGACCACUGGGGCUUACCUCCAACUGCUCCUGAGGACCCUAGCCUGGCUGAGGGGUCGCGAUGGAUGACCAGACCCACAGACGCUGACAGACACACAUUGACAGGGACGCAUGCAGCUGCACAACGCCGACACACUCAGAUACAACCAGCGACAGCAUCACACACUGCCACAGCCCUGCAAUACAGACACCCACACACAGAAACAACUGGUAACUCAGAAACAGGCACAGACAGUGACACACAGCACCACCCUCCUCAACACACACAAGUGGGGAAACCUACCCUCCAGACACACAGGCAGCGUUGGCCUGAGGGAGCAGACCUAGAGACACUCACACAUCCUCGCCCCAGCACUGCUGUCAGUGGCCUCGAACAUCCUCCCCACCCCCACAAGGACACCCUCGCCUCUCCACGUACUCAGGCACACACACCAAGAACAGACAUAGCUCACAUACCCCUGGCUCCAGCUCCGGCAGUCCCCACUCCUGCAGCCUUCUUUGUGGGUUGAGAAGAGCUCAGCCAACCUGGAUGGAACCUCGGUGAAGCCAAGCGCUCAGAGGAGGGCAUGACCCUCUCCAGUGCCCCCACUUGGCUGGGUGAUGUGCCCCAGCCUGAGUUCUGGGACCUCUUGGCGCUGCCAUGGAGCAACUGACAACCUUCCCACCGCCUGGGGACCCUGGAGCCAUGGAGCCCUGGGCACUGCCUGCCUGGCAGAGCUGGACUCCAGGCCAGGGGGAUGAACCUGGAGACACAGCCCCGAGCAUUGCUGAUACUCCAACAGUUCUGCACAUUAGAGAAUUGAGUUCUCAGCCCCAGGAAGCUCAGAGUCUGGGGCCUGCGGUAGGCACUGACCCUGAAGGAGCAGAGGCUAGACUGCCCAGCUUGAGGCAGCAAGCAGGGACCUCUGGACGUGGCUCCCCAAGGCUGGAGGAUGAGGAGGUGCAGGCUUUGCCUAAGGCCACGACGAACACCAGCUUUGGGGACCGGCCCAAUUUGGAGCUGUUGAGGACCCUGGAGGAGCUGCAGCAGCACUGUGCCAUCCUUAAGGAGGAAAACCAGAUGCUGAGAAACAGCAGCUUCCCUGAGACGGAGGAGAAGGUGCGGAGGCUGAAGCGGAAGAAUGUGGAGCUAUCGGUCAUUGCCAAGCGCCUGGAGGAGAGGGCCCGGAAGCUGCAGGAAACCAACUGGAGGGUGGUGAGUGCUCCUGUGCCCAGGCCCGGGGCCAGCCUGGAGUUGUGCAGAAAAGCCCUAGCCCGCCAGCGAGCCCGAGACCUCAGUGAGACGGCCAGUGCUCUGCUGGCCAAGGACAAGCAGAUUGCUGCCUUGCAGCGGGAGUGCAGGGAGCUGCAGGCCAGGCUCACCCUGGUGGGCAAGGAGGGUCCCCAGUGGCUCCAUGUGCGGGACUUCGACCGGUUGCUGCGCGAGUCCCAGCGGGAGGUGCUGCGGCUGCAGAGGCAGAUCGCCCUGCGCAACCAGCAGGAGCCUCCACUGCGGUCUCCGGGCCCCGCUAUCUCAGCCAGAGCAGGGGCGCCGGCCCCGGUGGCCCCGGGAGAGGCCACACCCCAAGAGGAUGUGGACAGCCUGCCUGUGGUCUUAGGGGAGCCUGAGAAACAGCAGAGGGUGCAGCAGCUGGAGUCGGAGCUCAGCAAGAAGCGGAAGAAAUGCGAGAACCUGGAGCAGGAAGCCCGGAAAAAGCAGAGGCGAUGUGAGGAGCUGGAGCUGCAGCUGAGAGAAGCCCAGAAUGAGAAUGCCCGCCUGGUGGAAGAGAACUCUCGGCUCACUGGUAGAGCCACCGAGAAGGAGCAGGUGGAGUGGGAGAAUGCGGAGCUGAGGGGCCAGCUCCUGGGGGUGACACAGGAGAGGGACUCAGCCCUUCGAAAGAGCCAGGGCCUGCAGAGCAAGCUGGAGAGCCUGGAGCAGGUGCUGAAGCAUAUGCGGGAGGUGGCCCAGCGGCGGCAGCAGCUGGAGGUGGAACAUGAACAGGCUCGGCUCAGCCUUUGGGAGAAGCAGGAGGAGGUCCUGAGGCUGCAGCAGGCCCAGGCAGAAGCCAAGAGGGAACAUGAAGGGGCCGUGCAGCUGCUGGAGUCUACCUUGGAUUCCAUGCAGGCCCGGGUCCGAGAACUGGAGGAGCAGUGCCGCAGUCAAACCGAGUGCUUCAGUCUCCUGGCUCAGGAGCUCCAGGCCUUCCGUCUGCACCCAGGCCCCUUGGACCUGCUCACUUCCGCCCUGGGUGGCAGUGCCCUCGGGGACCACCCACCAGCCCCCUGCUGCUGCUCUACCCCUCAGCCCUCCCGAGAGGCUGGUCCCAAAGACUUUGACCUCCCACCGGGCUCCCCAGGACGCUGCACCCCAAAGUCUUCCGAGCCUGCCCCUGCCACCCUUACUGGGGUCCCUCGAAGGACAGCCAAGAAGGCAGAGUCUCUCUCCAACUCCUCACGCUCCGAGUCCAUCCACAACAGCCCUAAAUCAUGUCCCACACCAGAGGUGGACACAGCCAGUGAAGUGGAGGAGCUGGAGGUAGACAGCGUCUCCCUGCUCCCAGCAGCGACGGAGGGCAACCUGGGAGGACCCAGGGUCCAAGUCUACCUCGCGCGCUAUAGCUACAACCCCUUCGAAGGCCCCAAUGAGAAUCCAGAGGCAGAGCUUCCGCUAACAGCUGGCGAAUACAUCUAUGUCUAUGGCAACAUGGACGAGGAUGGUUUUUUUGAAGGGGAGCUCAUGGAUGGCCAAAGGGGCCUGGUCCCUUCCAAUUUUGUGGAGCGUGUAUCUGAUGAUGACCUCCUGACCGCCCUCCCUCUGGAGCUGGCCGAUUUGUCCCGCAGUUCAGGCCCUGAACUCAGUUUCCCGAGCGGAGGUGGGGGUGGCAGCAGUAGCGGGGGCCAGAGCAGCGGGGGACAUAGCCAGCCCAGACUGGAGGAGGAGGAUGCAGGAGAGGAGCUCAGCCUGAGCCCCCCUCCCGAGGGCCUGGGCGAGCCUCCCGCGGUGCCUUACCCUCGCCAACUGGUGGUCCUCAAGCAGCUGGCCCAUAGUGUGGUGCUGGCCUGGGAGCUGCCUCCUGAGCGAGUAGAACUCUGUGGCUUCCACAUCUGCGUGAACGGGGAGCUGCAUCAGGCCCUGGGGCCUGGGGCGCCCCCCAAGGCUGUGCUUGAAAACUUGGACUUGCGGGCUGGGCCCCUCCAUGUCUCUGUCCAGGCCCUGACCAGCAAGGGCAGCUCCGACCCUCUGCGCUGUUGCUUGGCUGUGGGUGCUCGGGCUGGGGUAGUACCUAGCCAGCUGCGGGUCCAUCAGUUGACAGCCACAUCUGCUGAGAUCACCUGGGUGCCCAGCAAUAGCAACGUGGCCCAUGCUAUCUACCUCAAUGGGGAAGAGUGCCCGCCUGCCCGCCCCACCACCUACUGGACCACCUUCUGCAACCUACGGCCUGGCACACUCUAUCAGGCCCGGGUGGAGGCUCAGCUCCCACCCCGAGGAGCCUGGGAACCAGGCUGGGAGAGGCCAGAGCAGCGGGCUGCCACCCUGCAGUUCACCACACUCCCUGCAGGCCCACCUGAUGCCCCCCUGGAUGUGCAGAUUGAGCCGGGGCCCUCCCCUGGCAUCUUGAUCAUCAGUUGGCUCCCAGUCACCAUUGAUGCUGCUGGUACAUCCAACGGUGUCCGGGUCACAGGCUACGCCAUCUAUGCUGAUGGACAGAAGAUCAUGGAGGUGGCCUCUCCCACAGCAGGCAGCGUGCUGGUGGAGCUGUCCCAGCUCCAGCUGCUGCAGGUGUGCCAUGAAGUGACUGUGCGCACCAUGUCGCCCCAUGGCGAGUCGGCCGACUCCAUGCCCGCUCCUAUUGCUCCGGCCCUGGCUUCCGCCUGUUCAUCCACCAGGGUCACCUGCCCCUCACCACGACCAAGCCCAGAGGCGAGAACACCCCUUGCUCCAGCACCCCCAGGGCCUGGGGACCCCAGCUCUCCCCUCCAGCGCCCUGCUUCCCAUGGAACUCCAGGCCCCCCAGGAGGUCCCCCAGCAAGCCCUACCAGAGAGAUGCCAAAGGGAGUCCAGGAGGACCCUCCACCACCUUGCUCCCAGGAGGAGGUCGAGGCAGCUGUGCUGGGAGUCUCAGGGGAGAGGAGGCCCAGCCAGUCAACCAUGGGUGAGAGAGACCCCGGCCCCUCGGCUCCCUGCUGGGCCGCACAGAAGGCUGAGUGGACUGCAGGAGAGGCCGGCUCCAUGGUCUGCUCCACCCAGGGAGCCCUGACGCAGAGGGUGCCUGAGGCCUGCUGUGGAGCUGACCCUGGGCUGAGAGCCAGGCCUGAGAGGGAAGACACGGCAGAGCUUGGGGUUCGUCUGGUAAACCCACUUGUGGAUCAUGGCCGCAACUCAGACCUGUCAGACAUCCAGGAAGAGGAGGAGGAGGAGGAAGAGGAAGAGGAAGAGGAGCUGGGUUCCAGGACUCGAGCCUUCCAAAAGCAGGUUGCUGGCAACAGCGUCAGGGAGAACGGGGCCAAGCCCCAGCCUGACCCCUUUUGUGAGACUGACAGCGACGAGGAGAUCUUGGAGCAGAUCUUGGAGCUGCCCCUCCAGCAGUUUUGCAGCAAAAAGCUCUUUAGCAUCCCUGAAGAGGAGGAAGAGGAGGACGAGGAAGACAACGGGGAGCAGGAGAAGCCAGGGGCAGGCUGUUCUUCCCAAGACCCCAGUCCAUUGGAACCUGUGUGUCUGGGGCUGGGCUGUGAGGGCCGUCAGCCCCCAGGACUUGGCCGGUGUCCCCUGUCUCCUGAGCUCUCCAGGGCCAGGGACCACCUAGUGGAUAUGCCUGGAUUAGUUGGUGGAAGCAGCCGGAGGAGAGGCGGCUCUCCUGAGAAGCCCCCAAACCGCAGGCGGCCUCUAGAUCCCCGAGAACACUGCAGCCGGCUUUUCAGCAAUGGCGGCCCCCAGGCCUCUGCACGGCCAGCCCCCUCACGGGAGAGGAGUGGCCUCCCUGUGAUUGAGGCCGCCAAGGGUGGACCAGAGGCUAGUGGGAAAGGGCGGCCAGGCACUUCCCGGAGAUACCCCCAUGGGCGAGCCCCGGAGUCUGGCCUGGCCAGUUGCCUCUCCCCCAAGUGCUUAGAAAUCAGCAUCGAAUAUGACUCUGAGGAUGAGCAGGAGGUGGACAGUGGAGGCAUCAGCAUCACCAGCUCCUGCUACCCUACAGAUGGGGAGCCCUGGGGCACGGCACCUGCAGGAAGGCCAAGGGGGCCUCUGAAGGUCAAUUCAGGCCCCAACCCCUACCCACACCUCCCGGCCUGGGAGAAAGGGGAGCCAGAGCGGAGAGGCCGAAGUGUACCUGGCAGAGCCAAGGAGCCACCCUCCCGGGCAGCAGACACCGGGGAGGCCAGAGGGCAGAACAGCUCUGGGCGGAAGGGCCCCCAGAGGAGAGGGGCCUGGGUGCCCAGGCCAAGCACCACCGAGCUGGCCCCUCUAAGGAGCCCCCCAGAAACGCUGGCUCACUGGGACUUACCUGUCAGGGUCUUUGUGGCUCUGUUUGACUAUGACCCUGUGUCAAUGUCGCCCAACCCUGAUGCUGGAGAGGAGGAGCUCCCUUUCCGGGAGGGCCAGAUUUUGAAGGUGUUUGGGGACAAGGAUGCUGAUGGCUUCUAUCGGGGCGAAUGUGGGGGCCAGACAGGCUAUAUCCCCUGCAACAUGGUGGCUGAAGUGGCUGUGGACAGUCCCACAGGGAGGCAGCAGCUGUUCCAGCGAGGUUAUUUGUCUCCAGAUGUUGUCCUUGAGGGCACAGGGAAUAGUCCCUUUGUGUACUCCACAACCCACACAGCUGGGCCUCCACCCAAGCCCCGCCGCUCUAAGAAAGCAGAGUUGGAAGGCCCUGCUCAGCCCUUCGCAGGUCCCCCCAAGGUGGUUGCCUCUGCUGCCCUGAAAGCUCCCCACCCCAUGGUAGCUGCAUUUGACUACAACCCCCGGGAAAACUCCCCUAAUAUGGACGUGGAGGCAGAGCUGCCCUUCAGGGCGGGAGAUGUCAUCACUGUGUUUGGGAGCAUGGAUGACGAUGGUUUCUACUAUGGAGAACUGAAUGGACAGAGGGGCCUGGUUCCAUCCAACUUCCUGGAGGGCCCCGGGCCUGAGGUAGGCAGCCCAGACAGGGAACCCAGGACACCCCAGGCAGAGAGUCAGAGAACGAGGAGGAGAAGAGUCCAGUGCUAGAUGGAGAUAGAUAUAUGUAGAGAGAGCAACAUGACUGGAUUGGUGCACGAGGACCCGAAGUGCCCCUGGGCUGGCACUGCACCUCCAGCCCUGGCAGCCUCCCCAGGACCGAACUGGGGGAGCCGCAGGGCACAGUUGAGAAGGUGCGGGGUCUCCUGUCCAAAGGGAAGCAGCUCCUCAGGAAACUGGGCUCUGGGAGGAAGGAGUGAAGCUGUGGCCCUUUCUGGAGUGGCCCCUGGAGACACCCAGGUCACUGCUGUGGCUGGACAGGGAGGCCCUGCCCGGCCCAGAGCUCCUGGUCUUUGCGUUAACACGGUGGCACUUGGAUGGGAAUCAAAGAGAAUUGGUGAAGGUGGGAGCCUAGGUGGGUCUUGAGGGGUGCGUCCUCUAGCUGGGCCCCUUCCCCUUGUAGGAGGGAAACUCCUCCCCGCAGUGAGUAACCUGACCGAGCUCACGGAGCCCCAGUGAGACCAGGAUGGGACUCAGGUCUCUUGACUCCCAGUCCACCCACCUAGUCCAAUCCUAGUUUCCCACCAGGCUGUGUAGGUCCCUUCUUUGACCCUCUCUGUACCCAGGACGGAACCCUGAGGGGAGAAGGGGCCUGUCUCCACAGUGGCUCUGGCUGUCCUGAUUGGAAAGCUUGCAUUGGAGUCUCCCGUGGGGCGGCGGGCGGAACCUUGUAUAUAUGUACAUACUCAGUGCCUCACUCCAGCCCCUCCAUUGCGCCUCCAGCCUCCACCGCACAGGCUGGGGAGGGAGAGGGCCAGGCCGAAGCGGGCCUCACCCCGCCCCGCUGUGCUCCACCCCUCCCUGCCCCGCCGCCUGGCCCCUGUGUCACCCCUCCUUGAAACCCAGGGGACCAGGGGGCAGAAAGCAGGAGUUGGGUUUGCCUUAUUUUGCUCAUUGGAUUCAACUUCUCUUUUGCAUUGUUUUCCUCUGACCCCUGUGGGUGUCCAGGGGCUGAGAAUAAGGACAGAUUUAUGCAGCUAUUUUCAUACAUUCCCUGUUCAGAGUGGGUAGGGGCUUCUCCACCCUUCCCAAGCUGCCCAUCCCUCACCCUGGCUGGGUGAAUGUCUCUCUGCAUGUUUCUUUCGCUGUGGUGGGAGAUUGUUUAGAACCCCGCCUCCAUCCUGGUCUCCAGGGGUGUGGAAUGGUGGAGGCAUUUGUUUAAAAAGACAUUUUAUUAUAAUAAAGUCUAUUUUCACAAAA